GUGCUUUCUGUAUGGGGGGUGUCGAAAGCUAAAGCAACGUCGCCGAGACCGAAGGCUCCCUCGUAGUUGUGCCGCAGCCACAUCGUUGAUAUAUUACACAGUGGCGAAGUGACAAAAGCCCGAAAAUAGAUAUCAGCUGCUGAACGAGGCCCCCGUUUAAAGCGAGAGUAAAAGAAACGAGCUCGUAAAGGAGCUGCCACCGUGUUUCAGCGGCGAACGAGUUUGUAAACAACGACGUAGCCGGCUGGAAUUCCCCGGCGCGGCAUUCGGCAACGCCCACCCGGCACAUUGGAGAAAGGCGCUAACAGCGACCGCGCUGUCCCACUUCGCGCUCAUUGGGCCAGCGACAUCAUUUAAACAUCGCUGCGGGGAUCACUGUCAGGUAUUUCAGGCAUGGCCGUCAACAAGCUUGGAGAUUCCGUCCUCAAUUUCGCCGUGGACUUGUACCACCAGCUGUCGCCAAAGGGCGUCCAUAAAGGGAACAUCUUUUUUUCGCCGUUCAGCAUCUCGGCUGCUCUUUCAAUGGCUCUUGGAGGCGCACGGAACAGAACUGCCACGGAAAUGUCGGCUGUCCUUCGAGCCGACGGCGAACAGAUGCACAACCACUUUUCUGACUUCCUCUCGAAACGACCAUCCUACGCUACCGACGUGAAGCUCCAUAUUGCCAACCGAAUGUACUGCGAACAGACGUUUCCAGUCUUGGACAGCUACCUGGCUCUUUUGCGCGACAGCUAUGGAGCUACUAUCGAGUCCGUCGAUUUCAGGAAAGACUACGAGAACAUUCGACGGCAAGUCAACGCCUGGGUCGAACGAGCCACAGAAUCUAAGAUAAGAGAUCUCCUUCCCGGAGGUAGCGUGGACGCUUUUACCACUCUUAUCCUGGUAAACGCCAUCUACUUUAAGGGCUUCUGGGAGUCGCAGUUCAACCCUGAUGCUACUCGUAGUUCUGAUUUCCACCUGGACUCCAAAAGCAAGAAACUGGUUGACAUGAUGUACCACGAGGACCGUUAUAGCAUGGCCAGCAGUGAGGAACUCGGUGUCACGGCCCUGGAGAUACCAUACCGAGGCGGCAAGACUUCCAUGGUCGUGCUUCUACCCAACGACGUCGAAGGACUGUCCAACCUUGAGGAGGUGUUGACGGCUCCGAAGCUCGCGAACCUGCUGAACAAUCUUGGCGGCUUUGUGAACGUUGAGCUAUAUCUGCCGAAGUUCAAAUUGGAACAAGCGAUCGGUCUGAAGGAAACGCUGCAAGAAAUGGGAAUCAAGGAUUUCUUCUCUUCGGAAGCCGACCUGUCCGGCAUUAGCGAGAAGGAAAAUCUGUCAGCUUCCGAUGUGGUGCACAAGGCGUUCGUAGAAGUAAAUGAAGAGGGCACCGAAGCCGCGGCUGCCACAGCAGUAGUGAUGCUACCCUGCUGCAUGUCCUCUAUGCCGCCACAGACCUACAAAUUCGUUGUGGAUCGGCCAUUUAUGUUCCUCAUUCGUAGCUGCGACCCAGAUCUCGUGCUUUUCAUGGGCUCAGUAUCCGAAAUCAUGGAGAGCCAAACGCCUGACGAGCAACUCUUCAACUUCACCAUCGACCUGUACAAGCACCUCGCCGAGAAAAGUCGUCGUACAGGCAACAUUUUCUUCUCGCCAUUCAGCAUCUCCACGGCACUCUCCAUGGCUCUGGCAGGGGCGCGGAGUACCACGGCUCAGCAGCUGGCCAACGUUCUACACGUCACCAGCGAAGAGGUUCACCAGCAAUUCUCUGGUUUGCUUUCUAAGCUUGGAGGCCUUGCCCCCGAUGUGAAGCUACACCUCGCCAACCGGAUGUACUCUGAACAGACGUUUCCGGUUCUGGAGAGUUACCUUUCUCGUCUUCGCGGUUCUUACGACGCCACCAUUGAGUCCGUUGACUUCAAGAACCACUACGAAGAGGUUCGACAUCGGAUUAACGCCUGGGUCGAAGAGGUCACCGAAUCAAAAAUCAAGGAUCUUCUCCCCGAUAAUAGCGUGGACGCAGUGACCACCUUGAUCAUCGUAAAUGCCAUCUACUUUAAGGGAACUUGGGAUUCACAGUUUCCUCCCAAGUCGACGUGCCGAAUGAGUUUUCACCUGGAUUCAAAGACGAAAAGAAAAGUAAACAUGAUGCGUCAGAAAAAUGACUUCAUGAUGGGUCGUCUCGUGAAGCCAGCGGCAAAGGCCUUGGAAAUACCGUACCGCGGCGGCAAGGCCUCCAUGGUUGUCCUCCUGCCCGAUAAAUACGAAGGACUGUCCGAACUUGAGGACGGCUUGACAGCCGAAAAGCUUUCGGGCCUUUUGAAUAAUUUUGUCUUGGUAUCCGGCGUCCAUCUGUCCUUGCCGAAGUUCAAGCUGGAGCACUCAAUCGAUCUCAAGGAAACACUGACAUCCAUGGGGAUCAAAGACUUCUUCACGCCGGCUGCUGAUCUCAGUGGAAUAAGCGAUACGGGCAAUCUUAUGGCUUCCGAAGUAUUCCACAAGGCCUUCGUGGAGGUGAACGAGGAAGGCACGGAGGCAGCUGCUGCUUCGGCGAUCAAGGUUGUGCCCUACUGCUCAUCGCCUCUGUUUAAUGUCAACCGCCCAUUCAUGUUCUUCAUACGUAGUAUCGAACCAGAGGCUAUCCUUUUCGUGGGCUCUGUUCGCGACCUUGAAGCAGAUGAAUGUUCCUUGUUUUCAGCUAAUGCAGAAGCAGAAAACUCCGAAAGCAGCUCAUCAACGCCUGCGUCCUCGGAUGACUCCAAUUCAGAGUUAACGCCAUAGCAUUUAUAUGUUGAACAAGGAUAUUUUCCCACGCCAUCAGUAGCGUAUUGUGAUCCAGUUGCUCGUAACAACAUGUAGUACCUGAGGUUAGUGGCUGCUUUUGUGACUUUGUGAACUGGCGUUGCUACUCAGCCUGAAACUGUGCGCUUGACUUCUACUCCUAAAGUGUCUUCUAUUUGCUGUUUACUCCACAGUAGUGUAAAAAUAAUCAGUCGCCAGUAAAGCCCUACUGUCACUAAUUAUCACACAUUGCAUGCUGUCAAAUAUUUCGUACACACAAUUUUUCGAAAACGCCGUGUAGACGCUCGAAAAAAAUCAAAUUUAGCUCCAAGCGUCAACAUUUCAUCCACCAGCACCGUCUGGCCAGCCUGCAUUUUUUGCAAGAAUUCACUCUGGACAAAGCGCUCUCGCAAAUGAUUCUCUGUCUCCGGAAAUUAAAUUACAUUAUGUGGUUUCACGUCCCAAAGAGUCUUUCGCGGUCUUCGAAAGGCGCUAUAAAUGUGGUCACGGUUUGCAAAAUAAUUUUUCUGUUUAACGAAGAUCUGGAUAUAACGAAACAAUUUUCCAGUCGGGUCGACUUCGUUGAAUCGAGUUCCCACUGUAUAUAUACAGACAGCCGGCCAAGUAUUAGUAGCGAACAUUGCUUAGCGCGCGUUUCAGUUUGGUUUUAAACGCCGUGCAUGUUGACUCCAGCAGAAUGGCUGUCGUCAUUUAUUAGUAGGAUGAAGAUGACUUCGCGAGAAAGCGAGGCACGAAUCAUGAGGCACGAGACAGCGCGGAAUGAAUGAAUGAAUGAAAGAGGCCUUUAUCUGCCUUAAAUGGGGUUUGGGCGACCGACUACGGUUACGUAAUGCCUCUUGCCUUGCGCUGUUCAGCUCGAGGUCGCGGGCUCGAUCCCGGUCGCGACGGCCCCAUUUCGAUGACGGCGACGAAAUAAAAGAAUGCUCGUGCCCUUACGCAUUUAAAUGCUCGAUAAAGAACCACAGGCGGUCAAAAUUAUUGCAGAAUCUCCCAUUACCGCGUGCCUCAUAAUCGUAUCGUGUUUUUGGCUCCUAUAAAACCUUACAAUUGUAUGUUCAACAAAAUAUUCAAUAAAAGUUGAACUCCUUGGCUUCCAUUAUUCUCCUCUCCGUCCUAAAGUGACUUGUUAUAUAUUUUCGUUGUUACUAGCCGGAACAAGCAAAACUGUGUUGCACAUCCAACACUGCAAUUGGAUGUGAUGACAAAGCUCUGUACUAGGAGUAGGCUGAUGGCCCGGGCGUUUUGCUGAACCGGUGUCUUGAGCGAAUGUGAUAACCCAGCUCUCUACGAUUAGUAGUUUGAUCACCCUAGCUGUCUGGCAAACUGGUGUCUUGACAGAGUGUGUUAACAGAACUCUGCACGAGCAAUAAAUAGUCUGA